GUUUGUGGGAGCUGACAGCAGCCCUGGCAGGGACGGGGAAGAGGCCAGGAUAGCUGGUGCACUUGGCAGCACAGAAGUGCUCGGGGACCCUCCUGGAGCACACAGCCCGAUGGGGGAGGCAGGUGCUGACCAGAUGGCCAUGCUGUGGGAGCCAGGGUUGCACACUGAAGCUAGACCCUGGAUGGAGGGAGGGAACAGGUGUGGUCGCAGGACGGGGAAACCCUCCUGGACUCUCCCCGCUGGACUGCAGAGCUUGGAAGGCGUCCCUCCCUGAGCUGGAGUUAACCCCAUCAGGGUCUCUCACCCUCCACACUGCUGACUUUGGGGCCCGAUCUCUGGGGAGGGCACUGUGGGAUGUUUAGCACGUCCUUGGCCUCUGUCCACUCUGUAGUGUCCGUAGCGUUAGAACCCCCACUGCCAGUUGUGACAGCAAAACAUCUCCAGACAUUGCCAGAUGUCCCUUGGGAGGCACAGUCGCCCCUGGUUUAGAGCCACUGAACAAGGGUGGGGGGAGCAGAGUGUUGGGGCAGAGGGCUUGCCUGGCUCAAAGCCUGGAGGUCAGAGGCGGCAGAGUCACUGACUGGGGAGAAGCAGCGGGUAGGGACAGGUCCCGUCGGGCCCUGUAGGUUAUCGUAAGGAUUUGGGGCUUUUUCUCUGGGCGACAGGGCACUGGCUACAGCGGACUCGCACAGGUGGGCCAGGGAGCCUGUUGCCGUGACUGCAGCAGCCUGACCCUGCAAGGGGGGAAGAAGGGGGCAGACUCCAGGGAUGUCCCCCGCCUCCUGCCCAGGAUGCUUCUGCAGACGUGGGCACAGGAGUGGCAGGACCAUCCUGGGGUGGGGAGGCCCCUGGUCCCAGGACAGACUCCAGGGGCAUCGACUUUGCUGCCUUUGACCUUCAGGCAAGCCUGGCCUUGGGUGGGCAGGGAGCCUCCCUGGCGUGGGUAGGAACCAUUUCUAAUUAAGGCUGUGACUGUUCAAGGACGUCAGGUCCCAUCGUGUGUGGAGGGAAAGCCUCCCCUUCCAGUGCUGCCUCCUUGCGUUGAUGUAUGUCUUUCCAGAGACAUGACUUCUGCAACCAGCCCUUACUGCGUGCUGCAGGUGGCGCGGGCUCGUCCCCGCCCUCACACCAGGCGAGUGCUAGUCACUGUCACUAGCUUCACUUAGGGUGAGGAGAAGUUAGAAAGUGCAGGGUCUUGAGACCCAGGAGAGCGUGCUAGCUUCCACCCCCUCCAGCCUUAGGAGUCUGGGUUUUUUCUGUUUGCUGUGCCUCCCACUGCUGGCCGCCUGUGGCAGUCACCAGCUCGGUGAACAGAGGAUGAACUCGCGGCUCAGCGAGGUGGAGGGGCUUGCCUGAAGCUGCAGUGGCUGGAAGGUGGCGGUCCCGGCGCCCACGGCCCUCAGCUCCUGCUUCCCAGCCUGCCAAGAUGCCAGUCCCCUGCCAGGAAGGCUCCUCCCCAAGGACCGGCCCCUCUUGCCAGCUCAGCUUCUGCCCCACCUCCCUGGUAUCACCCACCCCCGCUGUAGCAUCCUGGCACAGGAUCCCCUGGGUCCCUGGCAUGGCCCUUAUGCGUUUUAGUGACAAGCACUGGCGUACUGACCCGUUUGCAGUCUCGGUCCCGCACCUGCCGCUGGGCUUGGAGCCGGCGGGGUCUGGGCUGUGCUGCUCUUCCCUCCCUGCCCUCCCCACAGCUGUUGUGAGUGCCAACACGGACCAGGACCCGGCUGCUUAGGACUCUCCCCGGGGCUGCUGCUGCUCCCCGGUGGGCACCCGCUGCCGUCUGCUGCACCCUCCCCCAGGUGUUCCAGAAGACUUGGGGGGCUUACUUACAGCGCCGCCUCUUUGAGAGGGACCCAUGUCCUUUCCCUGCUGUCGGUUCCCUCACGUCUAGCCAUCAUGAAAUACCGGCUCCUGUCUGUCCCUGAGUGGUUACUGAGCACCUAGUGGUGCUGAGCUUCCAGAUCAUUCACCUGAAACAGACCCUCGCGUUUCCACAGCAGUGGGGUUGCGGGUCGUGGGCCCCCUUCCUUGCACCUCCAGUCCUUGGCUGGGGGAGGGGGAUUCCUGUCUGGUGGCAGAAGCACAGACGGUGUCGAGGGUGGGGGAUGGACACGGGCUGUGGCCGGCAGAGAGGACGCCAGUAGUUAACGUCAUGAGCAAAGCAACAGCGAAAGCCAGCGGGCGUGUUUCUAACUAGGAUGAGGGCAGGAUGGGCAGGCCGAAGACCCAAUUAAAGAUGGACCCCGGGGGAGGGCCCCUGCCCCCUCCCCCCCGGGAGUCUGUGAGCAGUUGGGGUUCCACUGGAGUCACCCUGCCUUGUCUUCCAGGGCUCUCGUGUCCAGCCUGAGUUCCAGCCUCGCUGAGCCGACCGGCCCACAAGCGUCCCCCCUCGGGAGCCUCCCCCGGCGCUGACCAUGUCUAUCAUGGACCACAGCCCCAGCACGGGCGUGGUCACAGUCAUUGUCAUCCUCAUCGCAGUCGCGGCCCUGGGGGCCCUGAUCCUGGGCUGCUGGUGCUACCUGCGGCUGCAGCGCAUCAGCCAGUCGGAAGACGAGGAGAGCAUCGUGGGGGAUGGCGAGACCAAGGAGCCCUUCCUGCUGGUGCAGUACUCCGCCAAGGGACCGUGCGUGGAGAGGAAGGCCAAGCUGACCCCCAGCGGCCCGGAAGUCCACGGCUGAGCCGGGAUGCGGAGGCCCCCAGGCCCGGGUGCAGCCAGUGGAGAGGCAGGGGUGGCUGCUGAGAGGAAGGGCUGACGCUUGCUGGCAUGGCCUCGCCGGGCUCCGUCACCGCUUGCACAGCCUCCCGGGGGCCUGGCCGUCCUGAGCCAGGACGUGGCGGCCCUGGGCACCCCCUUGGCCUCCUGGUGGGACUGCCCAUUGCAGGCAGUGGGCAGGCCUGACCUCGCUGGGGCUCACGACCCCAUAGCGCUUUUGUUACUUGAAUGUUUAGCUGAGCCUGGUUUUGACAGAGCUACUACUGUAACGCGUGAACUCACCAACCUGUGAACUGUAAAUAGGCCCCGGACGCAUGUGCUUAAAGCCUUUGUUGCCGAUUUUUAAAAACACCGUGUAGAGCACA